CGCGCGCGGCUAGGGGAGCGCGCGUGCGCCGGGGCCGCGCGCCGGGUUGUCCGCUGUUGGGAGCCUAGCCCCCGGCCUGGGGCCGGGCGACCCUGGGGCGCGCUGUGCUCAGGUCUAGCUGGCUGGGUUUGGGGAGGCAUCCCAGCCCAUCAGGGAUAUCAGCUGUAGAUCUGGCUCGACCCCUCCACCAUCCGUAAACACUCCUGAGCACAGGCCCUUCCUGGGGAGAUCCAUGGGCCCUGGGUCUACUCUGACCAGCAGCUGUCCAACCAGGGCAUCCAGGACUGGCGUGGAGCAGAAACUGUCCAUGGAGCUGGUUAACAAGGUGGACAGGGGGCUGCGGUGAUGGCACAGUUUGACACUGAAUAUCAGCGCCUAGAGGCCUCCUAUAGCGAUUCACCCCCAGGGGAAGAGGACCUGUUGGUGCAUGUGGCUGAGGGGAGCAAAUCGCCUUGGCACCACAUUGAGAACCUCGACCUCUUCUUCUCUCGAGUUUAUAAUCUUCAUCAGAAGAAUGGCUUCACGUGUAUGCUCAUUGGAGAGAUUUUUGAACUCAUGCAGUUCCUCUUUGUGGUUGCCUUCACCACCUUCCUGGUUAGUUGUGUGGACUACGACAUCCUAUUUGCCAACAAGAUGGUGAACCACAGUCUUCACCCUACUGAGCCCGUCAAGGUCACUCUGCCAGAUGCCUUUUUGCCUGCCCAAGUCUGUAGUUCCAGGAUUCAGGAAAACGGCUCACUCAUCACCAUCCUGGUCAUUGCGGGUGUCUUCUGGAUCCACCGGCUUAUCAAGUUCAUCUAUAACAUUUGCUGCUACUGGGAGAUCCACUCCUUCUACCUGCAUGCUCUGCGUAUCCCCAUGUCGGCCCUUCCAUAUUGCACAUGGCAGGAAGUGCAGGCCCGGAUUGUGCAGACACAGAAAGAGCAUCAGAUCUGCAUCCACAAGCGUGAGCUGACGGAGUUGGACAUCUACCAUCGCAUCCUUCGCUUCCAGAAUUACAUGGUGGCACUGGUGAACAAGUCCCUUCUGCCCCUGCGCUUCCGCCUGCCUGGCCUUGGAGAGGUUGUCUUUUUUACCCGUGGUCUCAAGUACAACUUUGAGCUGAUCCUCUUCUGGGGACCUGGCUCUCUGUUUCUCAACGAAUGGAGCCUCAAGGCUGAGUACAAACGUGGAGGACAGCGGCUAGAGCUGGCCCAGCGCCUCAGCAACCGCAUCCUGUGGAUUGGCAUCGCCAACUUCCUGCUGUGUCCCCUCAUCCUUAUCUGGCAGAUCCUCUAUGCCUUCUUCAGCUAUGCCGAGGUGUUGAAGAGAGAGCCCGGGGCCUUGGGAGCACGUUGCUGGUCCCUGUAUGGCCGUUGCUACCUCCGCCACUUCAAUGAGCUGGAACAUGAGCUGCAAUCCCGCCUCAACCGUGGCUACAAGCCCGCCUCCAAGUACAUGAAUUGCUUCUUGUCACCACUGCUGACUCUGCUGGCCAAGAACGGUGCCUUCUUCGCUGGCUCUAUCCUGGCUGUGCUCAUUGCUCUCACUAUCUACGAUGAAGAUGUGUUGGCUGUGGAACAUGUCCUCACGACCGUCACACUCCUAGGAGUCACGGUGACCGUGUGCAGGUCCUUCAUCCCAGACCAGCACAUGGUGUUCUGCCCUGAGCAGCUGCUCCGAGUGAUCCUCGCUCAUAUCCACUACAUGCCUGACCACUGGCAGGGUAAUGCCCACCGCUCGCAGACCCGGGACGAGUUUGCCCAGCUCUUCCAGUACAAGGCAGUGUUUAUCCUGGAGGAGUUGCUGAGUCCCAUUGUCACUCCCCUCAUUCUCAUUUUCUGCCUGCGCCCACGGGCCCUGGAGAUUAUAGACUUCUUCCGCAACUUCACAGUAGAGGUUGUCGGCGUUGGAGACACCUGUUCCUUUGCUCAGAUGGAUGUUCGCCAACAUGGUCAUCCUCAGUGGCUGUCUGGAGGGCAGACCGAGGCCUCAGUGUACCAGCAGGCCGAGGACGGGAAGACCGAGCUGUCACUCAUGCACUUCGCCAUCACCAAUCCUGGCUGGCAGCCGCCUCGUGAGAGCACCGCUUUCCUGGGCUUCCUCAAGGAGCAGGUGCAGCGAGAUGGAGCAGCUGCUGGCCUUGCCCAAGGUGGUCUGCUCCCUGAGAAUGCCCUUUUCACGUCCAUUCAGUCCUUACAGUCUGAGUCCGAGCCCCUGAGUCUUAUUGCAAACGUGGUAGCUGGCUCGUCCUGCCGGGGACCCCCACUGUCCAGAGACCUGCAGGGCUCCAGGCACAGGGCUGAAGUUGCUUCUGCCCUCCGCUCCUUUUCCCCUCUGCAACCUGGACAGGCCCCCCAAGGCCGGGUUCCCAGCACCAUGACAGGAUCUGGAGUGGAUGCCAGGACAGCCAGCUCCGGGAGCAGUGUGUGGGAGGGACAGCUGCAGAGCCUGGUGCUGUCAGAAUACGCGUCCACCGAGAUGAGCCUUCAUGCCCUCUAUAUGCACCAGCUCCACAAGCAGCAGACCCAGGCUGAGCCUGAGCGGCAUGUGUGGCACCGCCGGGAAAGUGAUGAGAGUGGAGAGAGUGCCCCUGAAGAUGGGGGAGAGGGUGCCCGGGCCCCCCAGCCUAUCCCCCGGUCUGCCAGCUAUCCCUGUGCUACACCCCGGCCUGGAGCACCCGAGACCACUGCCUUGCAUGGGGGCUUCCAGAGGCGCUACGGGGGCAUCACAGAUCCUGGCACAGUGCCCCGGGCUCCCUCUCACUUCUCCAGGCUGCCCCUGGGAGGAUGGGCAGAAGAUGGGCAGCCAGCGUCAAGACAUCCGGAGACUGUGCCAGAGGAGGGCUCGGAGGAUGAGUUGCCCCCUCAAGUGCACAAGGUAUAAACAAGGCAGAAGAGGUCCCCAUGCUCCAAGAUGGAGGCAACAGCUGCCCUGCCAACCAUCUGCCUGCCAGAAGAGGGCUUCUAUGAGUGUUGCCUGGCCCCACGUGUGUGGUGUUUGUGUGUCCCUGCCUGGCCAAGGGAGGUGCCAACACUGGGCUGGCCAUAGCCCAAGAAGAAUUUGAGGCCUGGAGACUAGGGGCACACAAGACUCUAGCCUCAUCCCCAGGACUCCCUUGGCUCAGAGUGUGGUGCUAGAAACUGGUCCCCAGCCCACUCCCAGUACUGCCAUCUUUGCAUUCACCCCUGCAAGUCUCCGGAGGGCUUCCUACCACAGAAGCUGCCAAGAGAAGAACUUGUGCCAACUGUGGAGUGGGGAGGCAGGGCCUAGAUCCUCCACCCCUGCAGCCCAGCCCCCAUCUGGAAUACCUGAGCAGCUCAGGCUGUGGUCCUUACCUCACCCCGUCCUCACCCAGUGCUACAGCCAGCUCACCUCUCCUACUCCCCGCACAUCACGGGCAUGUGUGUGCUGCUUGCUCCUCUUCUGUUCGCUUGCCCCCUUCUGGUCGGCUUUUGCUUUUUGUUGGGGUGAGAGUCAUAGCUCUUGGCUCCUCUCACACUUAUCUUUGACACUAAGAUGGGAGGUUUCUAAAUUGCAGGAACAGGAUGAAUCUUCAACUUUUAGGAUGGGCGCUUGGGAAUUUGAGGCUUUCCUGGGCCCCACUGCUGCUUAUUGUACUCCUCCCACCUGCACAAGGGACUGGCAGGGCAGGAUUGUGACCUCAGUCAUCUAUAUCCCAGCAGGAGAGCUCUGCCCUGCAACCCUCAGUUCCCUAAAGGAGGGUGCAGGGCGCCGGACUCACCCUAGCCUAGGGCUUUGACAUUGCACACUGGGAUCCAGCGCCUACCCUUCCCCUACUCCCUUCCCCAGCUCUGCUCCGACUGUGGAAGGUAAACUAUGCUGAAAGUGGUGGACUCUGCUGUCCCAGUCAGCAGCAGGACAGGGUGGGAAAUCCUAUACAGCUUGAUAACCCUUAAUAAAGAAGGGACUUUGA